CCAAAGAAUACCAGCCGCUACAGUGACAGCUGCUACAAGGUUGCGCCGUGCUAUAGCCUAGUUAUCAUCAAGGUAAACAUUCCAAAAGCACGCUAUUGCGUGUCGAUCUUAUGCGACAAAACUGCGCUGGUAAUAUUGUUUUAAUUGCAAUGCAUCAUUGCAUUGGCGUGGCCUACCCUGCUACGUGAAGAAAGCCUAGCAUAGGCUAACGAUAAGCAUAUUGAUAUCAAUGCACAGCCAGUGCCCGUGAACUUUGUCACAUAAUCCCUCCCUGGUGCAAUGUCCACCUCUUUCUUGUUGAGAAACGGUAAGAGGGUGUUUUCGGUAAUCGGCGGGGGGUGCAGAGGAACCGAUGCACUUUCUAGAGUUAAUUUCGUAUCGCGCCGCUUCAUUAUAGAUUUGUCAUACUCCACGCACUUCAUGGAUUUUAAAGGUUCCUCGAUACCGAGCUCCAUGAAAAAGCUGGUCGUAACGAAGCUUAGCCAGAAUUUCAGAGACGCCGUUGCCUUACAAACUGUUCCAGUCCCGACACCUGGCGACGGGGACUUGCUUGUCAGAAAUCGAUUUGUUGGAAUCAAUGCCUCGGACAUCAACUACUCAGCAGGCCGCUACGACCCUUCGGUGAAGCCACCGUUUGACGCCGGGUUCGAGGGCAUUGGCGAGGUGGUCGGACUCGGCCUGAGUGCCAGCGCCCGCUACACCAUUGGCGACACCGUGGCCUACUUUGCCGAUGGGGCCUUUGCGGAGUACACGGUCAUACCCAUGAUCAAGACCGUACCCGUACCCGCGGUGAAGCCAGAGUUCCUCACCCUGCUGUUAAGUGGUGCCACGGCCUAUAUCGCCAUGAAGCGGCUUGGCGACCUGGUGAAGGGGCGAACGGUGCUGGUGACGGCCGCUGCCGGUGGCACAGGACAGUUUGCUGUGCAGUUCGCCAAACAGGCCGGCUGCCACGUUGUGGGCACCUGCUCCUCCAAUGAGAAGGCUGGCUUCUUAAAGACCAUUGGCUGCGACAGGCCCAUCAACUACACGUCCGAGGACCUGAGCACCACGCUGCGCAAAGAGUACCCACAAGGCCUGGACGUAGUCUACGAGUCCAUAGGUGGCAGAAUGUUUGACAUGGCGGUCAACAAUCUGGCCAAUAAGGGUAGGCUGAUCGUGAUUGGGUUCAUCUCAGCGUACCAAACGGCAUCAGGGGUCCCAACUGUUAAAGGAGGAACUCUGCCCAUGAAGCUGCUCCAGAAGUCAGCUAGCGUGAGGGGGUUCUUCCUACCUCACUUCCUGUCUGACUACAAGGAGGCGAUGGGAAGCAUGAUGCAGAUGUUUGCUAAAGGGAAGCUGCUGUGUGAAGUGGACUGUGGCGACAUGGCCCCCGAGGGCCGUUUCAUGGGACUGGAGUCUGUCUUUAGGGCUGUGGACUACAUGUAUGCUGGGAAAAACGUGGGAAAGGUGGUGGUUGAGGUGACUCCACCCUCGCUGGACAGCAAACUGUGAUUUGCCUUAAUGCGAAUGCACUGGAAUUCUCAAACAAAUCAAAUGUAUGUAUGUACAAUGAAAGGAACAAUGAAAAUACAGAAUCUAAUGUAUGUACAUUGAAAUGAACAAUGUAAGUAUAUAUGUUGAAGGCAAAUUACCCGAACUGUGACAAUCUACAGUACUCUGAAUUUAAUAUAUUUUUGAACAGUUUAUUUCACCUGAAUAUAUUUAGAUAUUACUAAAAUGUUGUUCUGUGAGAGAACAGUUCCUUGUUCAUACAUACAGCAUGCAUAAACAGAUUACUCAUUUAUAUAAUUAAUAAAUGAUCUUAAAUCAACAGAAAAUAUUGCACAUUUCUCUAUGUAUUGUAGGUGUACAGUAAGUUUUAAAAUGGCUAAUUUUGAGGAGUAAUAACACGUGUAAUUAACACUAUCUAGAUUACAUUAUUUAUCUUACAUUCUUGAUUUUAGAAUCACAUUUUUUUGUGUUUGGUUUUAGUGAGAUCUGUUAAUACUUGAAUGCAGCAUCAGGUGUGCUUGGUGUUUUAUAGCAUGUUUGUGGCUGAUCGAAACAGCGGUCAUAUAAUCCAUCUUUCCAUUCACAUGCCCCAAGCUGACCAUAAUAAAACAAAUAGUCCAGCUAACCAGAA